AUGGAUGCAGUCUAUGAGGGAUUUGACUGGGAGAAGACGGGAAGCAGUCGUCGUGGAUGUAAGGAAAGCCCAAGCCUUUCUCCAGGUCUUCCUUCUGUCGCCGGCUCUGUAGGCCACAUCAGCAUUCGGCUUGCUCAGCGCUAUCCCAAACUCCAUUUCAUCGUGCAGGAUUACGAACCCGUCUGCCGCCGGGGCGAAGCGAUGCUCCCGGUAGAAGUACAGAACCGCGUGCGCUUCCAACCAUACGACCUCUUUGAGUGGAGCGAUAAAUACGCCAGCCAUAUUCUGCGGGCGGUUGCCGCCGCCCUUAAGCCUGGGGACAGAAUUAUUCUCAAUGAGCAGAUUAUGCCCGAGCCGGGCACUGCUGCGCCUGCAAUCGAGCAACUGACGAGAUCCUCUGACAUGACCAUGUUGAGCAUCUUCAAUGGCCAAGAACGAACGAAGGAACAGCUUCGGGCUUUGGUUCAGCCCGCACAUCCUGGGCUGCAUGUGCUGAAGGUCAUAACACCGCUAACCUUAGCACUGGGUAUAGUGGAAAUAUGCUUGAAAGAUAGCUGA